CACCGCUCCGCGCCUUGCGUUUGCGCCCCUUGAAACGCGGAGUCUGAAACGCGAGUUUUAGCGGAGCUGGCAGCUGUCCUAAUUGCCUUGCCUGCAGCAGUUCACCUGGCUCUUGGCGGCAAGACGUCUGAUAUUGCACCAGCGAAAUACUCCGUCCUGCAACAAUACCUAGAUAAAAGCUUGGCUCUAAGAAAUUAAGCUUUAAAAAAAACUGUUAUUCUUGAAAAUGGAUUUUCGAUUUGAUUUUGCUGUUGAUGAAAAUGAGAACAGUGAGGCAGAUGCUCAUUUCUUACUGCUGUGCUCUCCAGAACACAAGCAGGAAUCCAGGGAAAAAAGCAGGGAAACUGCUGAUCUUGCACCAAAGUCCAGCCUGAAGUUGGAUGCUGCUAAGCACCAGGAUGAGGCAGCUUUGAAGAAAAACCUCUGUGUGAAAGCUGCCAAGGAGCACAGCAUUCCCCAAGAUCUCAACAAAGUAUUGGAAAAUAAAGUCAUGGAAACAGUAUUGGGCCUGUCUCAUGUAAAGCUGUCUGUAGUGGAAAGGACAUGUUCAGGUGAUGCUGACAGUGAAGGCAUUGUGUCCAAAAGUGUUUCUUCUCACUCUGAUCUCAUCCCAGGAGUCUAUGAAGGAGGGCUGAAAAUCUGGGAAUGCACCUUUGAUCUCAUGGACUACUUGUCUGAGGCUGAGAUAGAAUUUACCAACAAGACUGUACUGGAUCUUGGCUGUGGGGCCGGAUUGUUGGGAAUUGUUGCUUUACAGGGUGAAGCUGCCAGAGUCCAUUUUCAGGACUACAACAGCACAGUGAUUGAUGAAAUAACCUUGCCUAACGUGGUGGCCAACUGUAGCAGUGAGGGCAGGAGGAUGGGCAGGGGGAAGGACAGAAAAGCCAGCAAGCCUCCUUCCAAGAGGCCCAGGAAAGCAGAGGGCUCAGCUGAUGUGCUCAGCAGAUGCAGAUUUUUUUCUGGGGACUGGUCUCAAGUCAGCCAGCUCCUGUCAAACAGCAACAAACCCUGCCUGAAGUAUGAUAUAAUUCUCACCUCUGAGACCAUCUAUAACCCUGACUACUACAGUGCUUUGCAUGAUACACUGGCUCAGCUCCUGGAUAGAAAUGGCCACGUGUAUUUGGCAAGCAAAGUGCAUUAUUUUGGAGUUGGUGGUGGUGUCUAUCUCUUUGAGAAAUUCAUUGAAGAUAAAAACGUGUUUAAAACCAGUUUGGUUAAAACAAUUGAUCAGGGUCUGCAGAGAUGCAUUAUGGAAAUUGCCUUUAAAAAUUCCUGUUAAAAUUAAACUAAUUAUCUUCCAAAACAUAA